CCUCUCACCACUCACCACCACCGUUACUCAACACACCAACGCACCACUGCAAUCAUGCCGCGCGACCUCGAGUCCGAGAGGGCCACCCUCGACGGCAUGCCCCCUUUGACCAAGGAGCCAGAGAAUGGCGCGCCCCCGGCACAAACCUUUGCGUCGCCAGAUUCGGACUCCCAGCUCCAGUUGUACCGCGACGAGGGCGGCAUAAACGAGCUGCAUCCAUACUGUCAGGCACUGACCAGCAGCGAUCUCGAGAGCUGUAUCCAUCUGGAGAACGCGACAUUCCCUCCUCACGAAGCCUGUAGCCGGGAGAAGUUCAUCUACCGCCUCAAAGCCUGCGGCGAGCUCUGUCUAGGCCUCUUCACAUCCGCAACCUCAACAUCAACCUCGCCCACCCUUUCGACCCUCAGCAAAGAACCCUUCUCCCACCCGGCCGACUCCAGCUACCCGGACCGCAAAUCUGUCCUGCUAGCCCACUGCAUCGCCACUAAAUCGGCGAAUCUCACCGUCACCGAUGACGACAUGGCUAUGCCGCCGCUUGGCCACAACGAGCACGGCCGCACAAUUUGUCUGCACUCGGUCGCCGUGUUGCCCGAGUAUCAGAACCUCGGCCUCGGACGCACGAUUGUGUUGGCGUUUGUGCAGCGGAUGCAGAGUGCGGGGAUGGCGGACAGGGUUGCGUUGUUGGCGCAUGAAAAACUAGUGCCGUUCUACGAGCGCAUUGGAUUUGAGAAUCGGGGAGAGUCCAAGGCGACUUAUGGCGGUGGAGGGUGGUUUGAUAUGGUGCUGGAGUUUGGACCGACGACUGGGUAG